AUGGUCUUCGAAUAUAUUGACAGUAUCAAGCACCAAAUCAAUGAGAAAUCAGGCUACUGCAUAGAGAAUUCACUUCCAACAGCACAUUUCUUUCAUACCUCCAACAUGUUUUCUAGUUGCAAACAAUGUUUACAGAACAAAGCAAACUGGAUAUUACACAAAUCCUUUGAUGGUGGUGCAGCUGUCCAAAGAGAUGUUAACUCGUGCAACAGUUGUUGCAAUCUUGGACCUCCAGGUAUUCGUGGAGCGCCAGGUAAACCAAGAAAACCUGGCAAACCAGGCAUCGCUGCUACAUCAGGAUAUCCUGGAAAACCACUAGAAAUGUCCUGUGAGUUGGUAACUCCUCCGUGUCCUGCUAGUCAUCAACUUAAACCUGAAACUACAGGACGACCUGAACCUGCGGUGCCACCUGGAUUGCGUGCGCCAAGUGCACUUAAAGCUACUGAUGAAGCAGGUCCUAAAGGACCAUCCGACAUGUUCUUAACUGAUGAUGGAGGGCCUGGUUCCACUGGAGACCAGCUGGAACACCCGCUUCUGGUACCUCUGCUUCACCAGGACAACCAAGACCAGCUAGAACAUCCGGACUUCCAGGUCUAUCGGGUCAAAAUGCAAGCGAUGGAAGGAACAUUGAGUUAG